UUAUAUAUCACUCUGGUCGUUAAGGACCAAACCAUCACAUCUUUGUUCUUCUUAUCCAUUCUUUUCAACCAUGGCAGACCCAUACUCCAAUUUCUUCACAAAAUCAAGGUUCAACUUCAUGCCUAUUCAUUCUCACUAUUCUUCUUUCCCUUCUUACUCAAACCCAAUUUUGAAUUCCUAUCCUCCUCAAUAUUCCAACUCAAACUAUGUCCUUAACAACAAACCUUCCAUUCAAUAUUGCCAAAAUAUUCCAUCAACAUCAUCACCUUCGUCACCUCCUCUCAAAGAAGCUCUUCCUUUAAUAAACAACCUAAGCCCUACUAGACAAGAGGAACAUGAGUCCUCAAGUACUAGUGCAAUGGAAGAGGAAGAGGACAAAAACAGGAACAAAGAUGAUGGUGAUGAGACUGUUACUGUAGCCCUACACAUAGGCCUUCCGAGCACUAAUACAGAUCUGGGGCACUCUAGGCUGACCUCGCCUCCUUCAGAUGUGACAGUUAAAGAUGGAAUGAGAGAGGUUUCAUGGUACCCUUUAGGUACACUCAACAAGGGUCAGUAUUGGAUUCCAACCCCUUCUCAGAUUCUCAUUGGUCCUACUCAGUUCUCAUGUCCUAUUUGCUUCAAGACCUUUAACAGAUACAAUAAUCUCCAGAUGCAUAUGUGGGGACAUGGAUCUCAAUAUAGAAAAGGACCUGACUCUCUAAAGGGAGCUCAACCAACAGCCAUGCUAAGACUCCCAUGCUAUUGCUGUGCACCAGGAUGCAAGCACAAUAUUGAGCACCCAAGAGCAAAGCCUCUCAAAGAUUUUAGAACCCUCCAAACACAUUACAAGAGAAAGCACGGGACUAAACCUUUCAUGUGCAGGAAAUGUGGCAAGGCAUUUGCAGUGAAAGGUGAUUGGAGAACUCAUGAGAAGAACUGUGGCAAAAUUUGGUAUUGCAUUUGUGGGUCUGACUUUAAGCAUAAAAGGUCUCUAAAAGACCACAUUAAGGCCUUUGGCAAUGGUCAUGGAGCUUUUGGUAUUGAUUGCUUUCAAGAAGUGGAUGACCCUACAUCCGAUAUUGAACAUGAUGGUGAUUCCUCAAUGCCAAAUGAGUGAAAAUAGUGAGUACUCUAGGUUAAUUUUCUCAUCACUUGAGCCGACAUAUAUAGCUUCACUUAUGGUAGAUAUAUGAUAAAGUUGUUUUAUGCCUUU